AUGGGGAAAAAAGGGGGAAGGAGAAAUGCAAGUUCAUAUGAGGAGAGAUUUGAUCGGGCUACGAUGCUGAGAUUAAGUCUCCUUCUUCUGCUGCUGCCGUGCUCCUCGUAUUCCACGCUGUUGGGAUGGGUGGAGUCUCCCGGCUAUCCCAUGGGAUAUUUGCCUCAUGCCCGUUUAAACUGGAGCAGGUGCGCCCCCAAAGGUCAAACCAUCUCCAUCAGACUGAUCCACCUGGACCUGGAGAACAGCCACGACUGUGAAAAUGAUGCAGUGAAGGUCUUAUCCAAUGGGGACCUGCUAGCUGUUCUGUGUGGGACAAAGGAAUACGAGGAGCUUCAGGAGGCGGUGAAUCCACUGCUGCUCUCCUCCCCUGGUGGCUGCCUCACGCUUUUGUUUCACUCGGACUACUCCAACACCAAGAGACACACUGGCUUCAGAGGGUUUUAUACGCUUCAAGACUUUGAUGAGUGUGAGGACGAAAACAACGAAUGCACUCAGUUCUGCCACAACUUCGUCGGAGGAUACCACUGCUCCUGCCGUCACGGUUACCACCUGGCCGAGGACAAACACACCUGUACGGUGGGCUGUGCUGAGGAUCUGUCUGGGCUGAAAAGAGGGAAGAUAUCCAGUCCUUCCUGGCCCGGGGCGUAUGCAGAGAACGCCAACUGUAAAUACACCCUGUCUGUGGAGGAGAACCUCCAGCUGGAGCUGCACUUCUCUGAGGGCUUCGAUGUGGAGCAAAGCCCCGAAGGCCACUGUAUAGAUGAGCUAAAAAUUGAGACUCACUCUGAGACGUUUGGUCCAUUCUGUGGUAACACACCUCCACCUUCUCCUCUUCUCACUCACUCGAGCUACGUCCAAAUCCACUUCACCUCUAAUGGGUUUGGGACUAACAAGGGUUUUAACCUUAGCUUCAAGACGAGAGAUAAGGUGUGUCGACCAGUCGUGACCCCAAACUCCAACAUGACUCCUCUGAAACAAGAAUACCAACGGGGCGAAACAGGGACAGUUACUUGUGAUCGUGGCUAUGUUGUAAAUUCAGAAGGAGUUGAGGCAUUAUCGAUGCAGUAUGAGACAACCUGCCAGCGCACUGGUGAAUGGUCUCCCAGCUACCCCUGUGAAAUUGUGAAUUGCGGUUUGCCGCGUGUUGAAAUCGACAGCAUCCUGCAGUUGGUGGAUCCAGACAAUAUAAACACAGAGUACAACAGCCAGAUCCAGUAUUACUGUAGUUCAGAGUACUACACACUGGGAGGAAACGACACGUAUACUUGUAAUGCCAAUGGUGAGUGGGCAUCAGUGGACGGCAAGCCGGGGACACCAAGAUGUAACGAAGUGUGUGGAAUGCCUGAAACAGACUCGUCAAGCACAGGCAGAAUUUUGGGAGGGAAGAUGGCAGAGCUGGGACAAAUACCGUGGCAGCUCUUCAUAAAAUAUCCAAACAGAGGAGGAGCAUCGCUGAUAACUGAUCGUUGGGCCGUCACAGCAGCACACGUUUUGGAUGGGGUCAACAAAAAUGCUCUCAAUCUCUAUGGUGGACUGGUGGAUGGGAGAAGUACUGACAAAUCUGAUACAUCUCCCAUUCCAAUUGAAAAAAUCAUAAUGCACCCAAGCUACAGUACAAAGCCUGCCUCUGCAACGCAAACAAAUUAUGAUCAUGAUAUUGCUCUGAUAAAAUUCAAAUCCAAAGUGAAGCUUGGCACAAACCUUCUUCCCAUUUGCUUGCCUGAGGUAAACAGAGGUGUUCUGGAAAAUGAACAAGGCACAGUGUCUGGUUGGGGGGCUACAAUCGUAAAUGAUAGAGCCAGACAAAGAUCCCAAUUCCUUCAAUAUGUUCACAUUCCUGUAUACCCCCUCGCUGAGUGCAGGAAGACACCUACCACACCUUCUAAUGAAGCCAUGCUUUUCACUAACAACAUGUUCUGCGCUGGAGGACAAGGGAUGGACAGCUGCCAUGGAGACAGUGGAGGUCCAUUUAUUUCACCCAUGUUGUCAUCAGGAGAAGGGCCCCAUUACCUGAUUGGCAUUGUGUCCUGGGGAAGUAACUGUCUGGAAGGUAGUACGAAGGGUCAGAAAAAAGGUUAUUACACCAAGGUGGAGAAUUAUGUCAACUGGAUUAAAGAGACAAUCGAGAACAAUUAAACACAAUUGAAGAAAAGCUUAUCUCAAUCAUAAACCCAAUUAAUAAUUAUCUAUCAUAACUUAUUCAAUUAACAAAAUUAUCAAAUCUUAACAAAUUCUUGAAAUCAAAUGUUUAAACAUUAACAAAAAAAAUCAAUAACCAAAGAAGAUAAUAUCUACAGUGUUUCAUAUUUGUAUUAAAGGACGUAUUUACACACCAUCAGCAGACUAUAUAUCUUAAAUGCUAACAUGCUUUGCUAAUGUGGGAUAGUGAGCAGUAUGUAAGGAAAUGUUAGUGGAAACAGUUUGGAAUAAUAUAACAAUGGCAACAAUAUAAAAUCUCAACCUUUAUUGAAUCAUUUAUGCUGCAUAUAUCAUAGUAACACAAAUAUAUAUGUCAGCUAUGAUACAAAUCUUGAAAAUGAUGUGUAAUAUGUAUCAGUGUUACCCAUUUUAUAAAUAUAUGUUUUGACAAAUAAAAUAUAAUAAACAAGGAGA